AUGGAGUACCAAAGACUAGGGAAAAGUUCCCUCAAAGUAUCCAAGGUCAUUCUAGGAUGUAUGACAUUCGGAAACCCGUCGUGGAAAGGCAGUCCAUGGGUUCUGUCAGAGGAAGAAUCGCUACCUUUAUUGAAACGAGCAUAUGACUGCGGAAUCAACACGUGGGACACGGCCAACACGUAUUCCAACGGACAGUCAGAAGUGAUUGUUGGCAAGGCAUUGAAAAAAUACGCCAUCCCCCGCAGCAGGGUAGUUAUAAUGACCAAGCUCUUCUACCCGGUCAUGGACAUCGACUCCAACGCUCGACCCAAUCCAGCAGUGAACGACGGACCAUUGGUAAACCAGAUGGGUCUCAGUCGAAAACACAUAUUCGACGCGGUUGAAGCUUCUUUGGAGCGAUUGAACACGACAUAUAUCGACGUUCUUCAGUUACAUCGCGUUGACGAGACAGUACGCACGAACCCAGAGGAGCUCAUGAAAGCUCUGCACGAUCUGGUGCAGAUGGGCAAGGUGCACUAUCUAGGGGCGUCAAGCAUGCAUUGCUGGCAGCUAGCCCGACUGCACUAUACAGCCAAGAUGAACGGCUGGACGGGAUUCAGCAGUAUGCAAAACUUGUACAAUCUACUUUACCGAGAAGAAGAGCGCGACAUCAACCCGUUUUGCGAGGUGGAAGGGGUCGGCCUGAUUCCCUGGAGCCCUCUGGCGCGCGGACUACUGACGCGGCCAUUUGACGUACAAACAGAGCGUUCAAAACAGGACGUCAAAACUGCCAAGUGGUUUUCGAGUGAGCAGAAUGAGAAGAUUGUGGCAAACUUGACAAGUGUGGCAGAGAAGAGGGAGUGUAGUAUGAGCGCCGUUGCCAUGGCAUGGCUCUUGAGCAAAUCGGCGUGUCCGAUUGUUGGAUUAAAUAGCUUAGAAAGAAUAGAAAGUGCAGGGGAGGCUUUAAGCAUUCACCUCAGUGAGGACGAGAUCCGGCUGCUGGAAGAGCCGUAUCGACCAGUGGAGGUCCAGGCAAUUUAG